UUUCCUCCCUUCCUAUUUCGUAACUUACUUUUGCUAAUGCUUCUACUUUGGUUUUCUUUAAUGUAAAUCAAUUCUUUGGUUUGAUCUUUUUCCCUUCAAGCCUUGGGUUUUUAUCCCCUGCUGAAUAUUCUUGGAUUUGAUUUGAUGAUGAUAUGAUAUUGGUUUUGUACUUUUAACCAUUCAUAUAAACUCCGUCAAUGGCACCCACCACCAGCAAAGCCACAAGAAAAGCAAGCAGCACGAAGAAGAAGAAGAAGAAGCAUGUAAAGGGCAAAAUCAGUAAUCAGAAGACAGCAGCAGCAUUAAUGGAGGAUACUGAAGGAGGUGAUGGUGAUGAUAUAGUUACUGCCGAAACUCCAUUCUCAACACCCAAAGCUCAAAGGUUUCGAAUACCGGAGAUGGAGACAAGCCCACCAGCCCCAAAGAAGCAAAGACUUCUUCUCUCCGAUUGCUCAUUGCAAACAACUCCUAUUGCUUUCUUUGCUCCUCCAGAUUUAGAGCUUUUCUUCUUUGCACUCUGAGAUAUCCCUAUCUCAUACCAUAGCUAGCUGCUACAUAUA